AUGACAUGUUGGGGACCAGGUUGGUCCAACAAUCUUGGAAGUGAUCUUCCUCUAGGAAUGAUCAUUCCUGGCCCGUGUGUGAAGACUCAGUGCAGCAUGUGCGGUACGUAUCCGAAUUCCGAUACAUUGUGUCACGGGUCCGGAACCAUUUGCAGAUCUUGUCAAGUCGAGCUUCCUAUUGCACUGCCGCUUUCGCCAAGCGAAUCGCCGCCUUCCCAAAAUCUGCAGCCGUCUUCUCGUCCUGGAAGACCCCUGAACCGGCUAUCUCUGGCAUUCGUGAUCGUUGGGUCAGUAGGGGUUCUUGUGGGAGCCUGCACGGUUAUCUACUGCUUGUGGGCUGGAGUUUGUGGUCGCUUUGGCAAGAAGAUGAACGAUUCUGCGCAAGUGCAACAAGAAGUUGCCGAGGCUUCUAAUGUCGAUCCUAGUGCCCAACACCCAAGAUCGGUUACCUUCAAGGGCCAGAGCUCCGGUUCUUUGAACUGCGACAUAGUUGGAUCAUGUCCAUCGAAGCGAAUAGACAAGACCGAAGUUUUUUCCCUUUCAGAACUUGUGGCUGCCACGAGCAGCUUCUCACCAGAAAACAAGAUUGGCAGCGGCAGCUUUGGCGAGGUCUAUUUUGGGAAACUCACAGAUGGUCGCCUAGUGGCGAUCAAGAGGGGCAAAACUAAUAUGAGGAGGAAGAAGGUCCAGGAGAAAGAAAGCGCAUUCGGCUCGGAACUAGCGGUCCUGUCGCGCUUGAACCACAAGCACUUGGUGGGCCUAGUAGGAUUUUGCCAGGAUGAGGAUGAGAGGCUUCUUGUUUACGACUACAUGAGCAACGGUUCGCUCCAUGACCACUUGCAUAACACCGAGGCCAUCGGAGCGACCAGCAAGAUUUUGAGUUCCUGGAAAUCGAGGAUUAAAGUUGCUUUGGAUGCCGCUAGGGGAAUCGAGUAUCUCCACAAUUAUGCAGUGCCACCCAUAAUCCACAGAGACAUUAAGUCAUCAAACAUUCUUUUAGAUUCGAAUUGGACCGCCAGAGUAUCUGAUUUUGGGUUAUCUCUAAUAGGGCCAGAAACAGACCAAGAAUACGUUUCGAGCAAAGCAGUUGGGACACUCGGGUACAUCGACCCAGAAUACUACGUGAUGAAUGUUUUGACGACGAAAAGCGAUGUUUAUGGCUUAGGAGUAGUGUUAUUGGAGCUCUUAACAGGAAAACGGUCCGUGUUCAGGAUCGAAGACGAGUUGGCACCCAUUGGACUAGUGGAGUACGUGGGGCCACGGGUGCUAGCUGGAGAGCUAACGACGCUGCUCGACAGGAGGGCGGAGCCACCAACAACAAAUGAGGCUAGAGCGGUCGAGCUGGUGGCUCACACUGCUGUUCGGUGCGUGAACCUGGAGCGCAAAGAGAGGCCUAACAUGGCCGAGGUCAUCGCCGAUUUGGAGAGAGCAUACUCUCUCUGUGAAGAAAGCCACAGUAUCUUCACAAAUCCAACAUUUUCAUUUCUUCGGAAUGAAUGA